UCUCUCCAAGGAAGCAAGUAGUCCCCGUACGUCAUGCGUUGGGAUACAAAAUGGUGCAGGUUCAUCUAUGAAUGACCCUUGACACAGGAGAUGAAUUACUACGUUUUAGUUUCCGGAAGUGUCCAGUGAGUUGGGUUAGGUUCCAAUCUAAAAAGACAUAGAUCUAGUCUUUUCCCAGCCAGGUGCGUACAUUUAUUUCUUGGAAGUUAUAGAUGCGACAACGUUCCAUAUCAUGAGACGGCGCAGGUCCUACCAGAAGAAACGCCCUCAGGCAGAGAACGAGGAGGAGACUACUUCCUUGAACGACAGGGUUGGCUCUACGUCACGUCUCCAGCUGGCGAUUGUGCUGCCCGGGGCCUACGUGGAGUGGAGCGGGAGUGGAGGACAGAACACGGCUCUGUCCCAUUUAUGGGAAGUGAGGCGGCGCUUCUCUGUGAGGACGGCCGAGUUUGGAGAGGACGCGUCAGACAAAGAGUUUGGAGAGAACAAGACCCCCCGCUAUUCCGACGAUAUGUUCACGCACAUGAAGAUGGAAAUAGCUGCAGAGAAAGCCGCCAGGGAGUUCAUUGCACAGAAGAUAAAAGAGGACAGCGCGGAAUGGGCGCGAGCACCGUACCAGUUGGUCAGUUUCGAGGGCAAAGGUCAAGCUGAGCUCAUUCGCCUGGUGCUCAUCGUUGCGGGCCAGAAAUACGAGGACGUCAGAGUCGCCGAGGACGAGUGGGAGGAAAUGAAAGACA